AUCGUGCUUGUGAAUCAGUCGCGAAGAUCGCAUCAGUUUGAACGGUCGUUUGUUGAGAACAUACGCGUUAAGUAGAAAUACAUUUUUUAGAAGUGAACUGUGAAGUACUUUACCAGGAUGUACAGUAAAGUGAUCGUUUGUUUGGCAGGAGUUUUGCUCCUGCUUAUCGCUGUGGUGACUGCAGAUGUGUCCCAUCUUGUGAAUACACAAUACGAGGAAACUCCAGUGACCGAGGUAUGCCUGCGAUGUAUUUGCGAUGCGUCCAGCGGAUGCGAUCCGUCUGUUCGCUGCACCGGUGAUGCCUGCGGAAUGUUCAGAAUUACCUGGGCUUACUGGGCCGACGCUGGCAAACCGGUUCUACAGGGCGAUGCACCGGAAUCACAAGGAGCAUACGCAAACUGCGCUAAUGACGCUCUUUGCGCCGCCCGAACUGUUCAAGGCUACAUGAGGAAGUUUGGUCAGGAUUGCAACGGGGAUGGAAUCAUCGAUUGCUUAGAUCAUGCCGCUAUCCACAAGCUGGGAGGCUAUGGCUGCAAGAGCGCAGUUCCGGUUGCCUAUCAAAGUAAGAUCGACCAAUGCAUUCACUAUGCCGCCGGUAUACAGGUCUAGAUACCAUGAGUGGCCGGCAGGGAUCAUUUCUGAGAGUUAGAUAAUCAACCCGUGAACAGCGUGAUACUAUAAACAUAAUGAAAGUGUCAAUCAAUUUCUUAUCUCGAAUCUCCUCCAUACACAGCGAAACGAUGUGUGAAUGCGUCAUUAAUUUAUUUUCAUAUUUUAAUACACCUAGCAUGGCAAUCAUGA